AUGACCGCACUUGAUGUCGUAAAUACGAACUUCCCAGGAGGACUUGAACACACCAUAAGCACAGAACAGACAUUAAUCACUGUCGGGCAGGUGGAGAGAGAGGAAGUGAAGCAGAGAGGAUCAUGGGAGAUGUGUGUUGGAGGACAGCAGCUUGUGCGGCGCUCAUUCAUCAUGCAGUGCGUUGUGGGAUAUGUUUUGCCGAGGCAGACGUGUGGUCUGUUCACACACACCAUCUUUCAUAAGGACUAUCCCGACGGGCCGCAGGAGCUGGAGCGGAUCAUUGACGGAGGGGAGCUGUUCCUCACCGUCCUGCUCAACCCCAUUAGCAUCUUCAUGACACACCUGUCCAACUACGGGAACGACCGUCUGGGUUUGUUCACCUUCAAACGGCUGCUCAACUUCCUGCUCACCUGGACUCACCUGAAACUACAGACGCUUCCUCCGCUGCAGCUCGCCGACAAAUACUUCCAGCUGUUUCCGUCGGACGCCGAGCCGCUCUGGCAGGACCCCUGUGAGGAUAAAAGACACAAGGACAUUUGGUCGAAAGAGAAAACCUGCGACCGUUUCCCAAAACUGCUGCUCAUUGGGCCUCAGAAGACGGGUGAGGAGCGACAGCGCCCCCUGACAGACGCAUGCAGUACAGCACACACUCUUGACACUGUUAGAAGCAAGCGUUGUCUGGCUCCAGGAUGGUACGCCACACACCUCUCGCGCUGGCUCGAACACUACCACCACGACCAGAUUCUGGUUGUGGACGGCCAGACAUUGAAAACGGAUCCAGCAUCAGUCAUGGAGAAGAUCCAGACGUUUCUGGGUUUGGAGAAUCAAGUCGAUUACCACAAGACACUAGCGUUUGACCCAAAGAAAGGCUUCUGGUGUCAACUGCUGGACGGAGGAAAGACCAAGUGUUUAGGGAAGAGUAAAGGACAGAGAUACCCGGACAAACAAUCGCAGGUGUUUUUGAGGAACUACUACAGAGAUGGUAAUAUCCAGCUCUCUAAACUGCUGUAUAAAAUGGGUCAGGUUCUGCCCGGCUGGCUCAGAGAGGAUCUGCUCAACAUCAGGUAACAGAGGCUCUCGUUUGGUCAACAGCACAAACGUCUGGAGUGCCAUAAGAUUCUCAGAGUCCACCGAUGGACGUACAGGAGGAACAAACCACCUCUGACUGGAGCUUGUUCUUACCUAGAUGAGUUUGAACUAAAAACAGAUUUAAAGAACUGACUUAGUACUUUUAAAACGUGCUGAUACUAAUUUUGUAAUUAUUUAAAGUCCAGUAUUUAUGAACUGACUUUUAUCUGUUCUGUUAUUGACACUGGAUCAGACUGUGCUGAACUAAUAUGAAGAUCAUCAAACAUAUUGCUGCAGAAACAAAGACGCUGAAACUUAUAUAGUUUUUUUUUUUACUCAACAAAUUUGAUGCAGACUCGAUUUGAUUUUAUGAAGUCAAAAAUUAUGCCAACGACCUGUGACGUCUAAUAUGGACAUUUUUGUUUUACUUUUUGUUUUUACAUUUUUCACUAGUUCUCUGUUGUUGUUGUUGUUGUUUUUGUGUGUUUCGGUGCAGUUUUACAUUUUCUAACGUGGACGUUUACAGGAGUCGAUUUACUCACCUUCAUGUCGCUUCAAACAGAGGACUUUCUCUCUCUUCUGUGAAACUUUGUUGAGCGCCAAAAGUACCAUCAAACAUUAGUGCACUAUAUUCCAUCUCUUCAGAAAUCAUGUGAUGCUUUGAGUGACAAACAGAUUGAAAUUUCAGUGAGUUGUCGUAAUUUUAUUCAUGUUCAUUGUAUGAAAUAUCUUCCUUUGUGUUUCACAGAAGAACUU